GAUGCUUUGAUAAGACGCCUACUGCGUUUGAGUAAUCAGCACUCCUACGCAAGAGGGGGACUCUUGGACUUUAGAGCGGAUCACCCUAGUGGCAAACUGAGCAGCAAGGGUCAGCCUGCAGUCACAUAAUAGCACAAACAUCAAAUGAUAGUCCAGUACUUCAGCCUACGCAGCCAAUGGGUCUGCGUCUGGGGUGGACCUAUCGUUCCCGAAGGACUAUAAGAUGUUUAGGAGGCCCAAGGAAAGAUACCAUCCGGUCUAAACUGUCCUGCAACUCAGGUGUGUGGUCCUCUCUCUUUCUCUGCCAAGGAACUCUGUAAUGUUUGAUGUGGUAAAAUGUUUGGUUUUCUUGCAAUAUGUUGUUUAGUAGUAAGUGGGGUAUCUGUAAAAAUGUAAUAACUGAUGGGCAUUCAAUUGAAGAGGGACAUUCCUUCCAAACCAGAUUGUAAGAUGCUCAUUUAAACAGUUUUGCAAUAAGCAGUAGUUUAGAGGGUGAUCUUUAAAGUGCUUGAUAGAUGUUUAAUUCCUGUGUUUUAAGAGGUAAACUGUCAAUAUGAAUCAAGAUUAUUCUUCUCAGUGAAUUCAGAAAGGCAAAUAAAGAUGGAAAUCCAUGUCUAAUUCCAUUCCAAAUUUGCUCAGACAGGCAGAAGUUGCAAUUUACUAGGGAGUCGUGGGUAUGGGUAUUUGACCAACUCCAUUACUAUUCAGCCAAUUCAUUAUGAUUUGAAAUCUUCCUGAAUUAACUGAGUUAAGUUUAACUGAUCCCAAACCUGCCACUGAGUGCCGUUAUUUGUUACGCCAAGAGAAAAACUUUGAAACCACAAAAUGCUUUAGAGAUGGCAAUCCUACCAUCCGGCAGUGGUGGGAAAAGUACUCAAUUGUCAUACUUGAGUAAAAGUAAAGAUGCCUUAAUAGAAAAUUAGUAAAAGUACAACUUGUCAAAAAUAUAAAUAGUUACAUUAUUUUUAGUUAGUUACUUUACACCACUGCCAUCCGGUGCUCAAACCAUGCCUCCACAGACCUAUGGGGUCAAGCUAAUCCUAGCACUUUCAUCUCUCCUCAGGUGCCAUACUCAGCAGCCAUGAAGUUCUCCCUUGCCGCCCUAGUUGUCCUGCUCGCUCUGGCACAUGGUAAGUGAAAAUUCUUCAUAACUGAAAGGAGCACUCUGUCGCUAGUUUCUCCCCUGUAGUAGCAUUCAGAAUUAAUUACACAAUCAUGGCUGAAACAAAAACACACACAGUUUGAUUUGUUUGUCUUCUUAAUUGAUUUUUCUCGUAGAUUGCAUUCUGUAUGGAGAUAUGUGGUUCUAUAACUGCAUUUAACAUAUGUGCACUAUACACUGAGUGUACAAAACAUUAAGAACACCUGCUCUUUCCAUCACAUAGACUGAAUAUGUGAAUCCAGGUGAAAGCUAUGAUCCCUUAUUGAUGUCACUUGUUAAAUCCACUUCAAAUCAGUGUAGAUGAAGGGAAGGAGACAGGUUAAAUAAGGAUGUUUAAGCCUAGAGACAAUUGAGACAUGGAUUGUGUAUGUGUGCCAUUCAGAGUGUGAAAAUAUUUAAGUCCAUUUGAACAGGAUAUGGUAGUAGGUGCCAGGCGCACCGGUUUGUGUCAAGAACUGCAAUACUGCUGGGUUUUCACGCUCAACAGUUUCCAGUGUGUAUCAAGAAUGGUCUACCACCCAAAGGACAUCCUGCUAACUUGACACAACUGUGGGAAGCAUUGGAGUCAACAUGGGCCAGCAUCCCUGUGGAAUGCUUUCGACACUUUAAUAGUCCAUGGCCGAUAAAUUGAGGCUGUGUUGUUCCUAAUGUUUGGUAUACUCAGUGUAUAAUAUAAUAUUAAUGAGAGAUAUGCAACAUAUAGGAAUGUUAUAUUGCAGAGUCGGUGGAUAUAUUUAUAACUCAUGUAUUUUAAAUGACUGUAUGUAGAGAGGGUCUUGUAUGUGCUGUUGUAUGCUAUAUGGGCAUAAAUGGUUUGUGUACAAUGUGGGAAUAUGUUAAUGAAGUUAUCCUCUGGCUACCCAUAGGAAGCCAAGCAGCACAGUCCCCCGAGGUUGAGAAGCUGGCACAGUACUUCCAGGAUCUGUCAGCUCAGCUGACCUCCACCACUCAGGAGCUGAUGCAGAAGAUCCAGUCAGAGUGAGUGACAUUUUUUAAACUAUUAAAUUAUUUGAUAAACCUAUGAAGAACCAGCCCUCCCAACCCAGUCCUAAUUAUAAGAAUUGUGAAGAAAAAAAACAUAACUCAUCCUCAUUCUUUUACCUUAUAAUUUACAAUAAAGAAACAGCAGCCACAACUACUGCUGAAGAAUGGAUGGUUCGCAACAAUCAUAUACAUUCCAACAUUUGAUGAAAAAAGGCUAAUGACCUGCAAAUGCUUUAACAGGCAAUGUGUUUCGAUCCUAUUUUCAAAUAAUAUUUUUGGCACUCCCUUUGUUUAUAUUCAGACCACUAAUCACCCGCUCCCUUCCAAACAGGACAUUCGUAGAGGAUGGAAAGGCCCAGCUGCAGCAGAUCCAGGCCCAGCUGGCACCCCUGGCCGAUAACAUGCAGACCCAGCUGAAGCCCCUGGCUGAGAACAUGCAGGCCCAGCUUAAGCCUCUGGUCGACAACUUCCAGGCUCAGAUGGAAGACCUCUUCCGCAAACUGAUGGACCAGACCAAGUCCCUCGGCCAAUAAAGCAGUUAUGUUUCAACAACCUUACCACCUCGGACCGAAUCAACAGCUCCAUGGACUUACAAUCAGCCAAAACCAAUCCACCAAGAGUUGGAACCAGACAAGCUUUCAACCUUCUGUCUAAGUCUUCUGUGCCAAGACAAAUGUUGUUGACAUGCAAAGACAGACAGCAGUAAUCCAGAACAUUAUUAAAACUUGGAAACUGCUCCUGUGGUCUCUAUUGUAAUUUGUCAUCUAUUAAUUUUCACAGAAAUGUGUUUCCAAUCAUACAUCACUUCACAUAUUUGUUUGGUGUAUGAUUAUUGAAAUCUGUUUAAUUUCUCAAUUUAGGAAUUAUAGUUUCAAUAAUAACCCAUUUUACUCCAUCACAGGUCGUACACUACCAACCCAUUCUCUCAAUUAAAACAUCAAUACACUCCCCUCCGUAUUUAUUUGGACAGUGAAGCAAAAAUGUGUACAUUUGGCUCUACUCCAGCAUUUUGGAUUUUAGAACUAAUGUUUCAUAUGAGGCGACAGUACAAAAUGU